AUGAAGUCCACACCAAAGCUUCCUGUCCGCAUACUGACCCAUAACAUUCGGUAUGCAACCAGCUCCCCAUUCAAGGGAGAAGUUCCGUGGACCGAACGCAGACAGCUUCUUUUGAAUGAACUGGAAUAUCAUACUCGAUAUGUGAAUGAGACAUUUGUUUGUCUUCAAGAGGUUCUUCACAACCAACUCGAGGAUAUCCGUGCCGGUUUAAACCCAUCCCAUGGAACAUUGAGUCCAAAAUGGGCUUACAUCGGUGUUGGUCGCGAUAAUGGACAUAAAGCCGGUGAAUAUUCGCCAAUAUUCUAUCAGCCGUCAAUUUGGAAUUUACAACACUGGGAAACGGUCUGGCUCUCCGAAACUCCAGAUGUACCGUCAAAGAGCUGGGACGCGGCCUCGAUUCGUAUCGUUACUAUUGGCGUCUUUACCCAUCGUGAGUCUGGCAAUACGGUGCUUGCUCUGAACACACACUUGGAUGAUCAAGGCUCGGAGUCACGACUCGAGGCAGCACGAAUUAUUCUGUCCAAGAUUAGCGAAUACCAGCAAGGAGAAUUUGGGGGCUUGAUUUCGGGCACAUUCUUAUCUGGUGACUUGAAUAGCCAAGAGGAGCAGGAGGCAUAUUCUGAGCUGACAACAACGGGGAGACUAUUGGAUACUUACAAGUCGGUUCCUGCUCUGCGACGGUAUGGCCACCACAAUACCUUCACUGGAUUUGGCUACGGUAGAGCACCGCCUAAGCGCAUUGAUUUUAUCCUAUUGGCUCCCGAAGGAAAUCAAAGUUGGCGAGUCGAUGGGUAUUCGGUUGUGCCCAAUAGAUUUGAUGAUGAGGUGUAUAAUUCAGAUCACUGUGCAGUGAUCGCUGACCUGAUGUUGGUGGGCUAG